UCAUCUUUUCACGGUGUAUAAUUUACCUUUUCAUCAUUACUGUAUUUCAAAAACACAAUUUAGCUUCUCCGACGUAGCAACAUUAACUAGGUAGGUAGAACAAUGAAUGCGGGAUCGGGAAGAAAAGACAACUGAAUUAAAGGAGAAUAUCUUUAUUAGUGGUUCAAAACUCUUGCUCUCGCUGUCUGAGAACGGCUAGCGUGAUUAGGUCACUCAUUUUUACGAAUCGAGGAAAACCGGAGCACCCCGAAAAAAAACAAAAACAAAGUAAGAAAUAUCUAAUUUACAGAAUAUCCGAAGUCAUAAACCACAACCAUUCCUUUGUUCUGCUCUUUCUUUGGAUAAGUGAAUAUUCAUGCAAAUCGUGGAAUAGAGUCACUGACUCGUGAACAGUCGAUUGUUGUUGUUGUCGCUGUGCUUUCAAGCUUUAGCAAACGCGCUUACAAUCUGGUGCAGCGUAUUUGUCUCACCAACAUUAUGAAGUUUGACGACGAACUGGAAUUUGCCUACAGGAAAAACAAAAGAAACCGUCGAUGUAAAUGCCUAGCGGUGAUUGCUUUGAUCUUAAUAAUACUAGUUGCUGGUAUCGUUCUUGGGUAUUUCAUUCGUAAGAGUCAAGAACCUGAGAAAAAAGUAAAUGGUUUACAAAAAUCGACGAGAGCUGCAAGAGAAGAGAACCAGAAACAGCUACGAGAUGUUAUAAGUUCUGACGAGUUGAGGGAAAAUCUAAGGUAUUUGACCAAGAGGCCACAUAUUGCAGGGAGUGCAAGACAAAAAGAACUGGCCGAUGAACUGGCCAAAAGAUGGCGCAGCUAUGGGUUUGAUAAAGUUGAAAUGCCCGAAUACAAAGUGCUGCUUUCAUUUCCCCAGAAAGACAAGCCGAACCUUGUGACACUCAAGCAGAGAAAUGGAAGCGUGGUGUUCCAAACAUCAAUCAAAGAAAAGAUUUCUGAGGAGAGCGAAAACGACACCUUAGUCCUUCCACCAUUUCUCGGCUAUGCACCAAGCGGUACUGUGGAGGGAGAGCUUGUCUAUGUUAAUUAUGGUCGAACUGAAGACUUUGAGACGCUAAAGAACCAACUCAAAGUUAAUGUCACGGGAAAGAUAGCUAUCAUGAGAUAUGGAAAAAUAUUUCGUGGAGACAAGGUUCAUAAUGCAGCUUUAUACGGAGCAAUAGGUGCAAUUAUCUACUCAGACCCGGCUGAUUACGCCCUACUUGGUAUUGGCCCAAACGAUACCUUCCCUAACACACCAUGGCUUCCUCCAACGGGAGCUCAGCGAGGCUCGAUCUAUACGGCCCAUGGGGUUGGAGAUCCGUUAACCCCGGGACACCCUGCUAUUCCCGGGGUGUACAAGAGACCCUGGAAUGAAAGUGGGCUACCUAAGAUACCCGCCCACCCGAUGUCUUAUGGUGAUGCCAUUAAUUUUCUAAAGCACAUACAGGGAGCGAACGUGCCAGAAGAUUGGAAAGGCUCGCUUAACAUCACAUACAAAGUUGGUCCUGGUCUGUCGCAAGGCAUGCGCGUUAGGCUUGAGAUCAACAAUCAACUCGAAGUGAAGUCAAUCUUCAAUGUCAUUGGUACCAUAUUUGGCAAGCAGGAGCCGGAUCGAUAUGUCCUCGUGGGUAGUCAUAGAGAUUCGUGGGUGUUUGGCGCUGUCGAUGCUGCUAGUGGUACAGCCGCUAUGACUGAGAUCGCUCGUGGAUUAGGAGAACUUCUGAAAAAGGAUUGGCGUCCAAGACGAACAAUGAAGUUCUGCAGUUGGGGAGGAGAGGAGUUCAGUCUCAUCGGGUCAACGGAGUGGGUUGAGCAACACUCCAAGGAUCUAGCAGAGAGAGCUGUUUCUUACCUUAACAUGGACACUGGAGUCGAAGGGAACUUUGUUUUGUCGGCAAAAGGAAGUCCCCUGAUGAUAGAAACCAUGACAUCACAACAGAAACUCGUGACAGAUCCAAAUGCCCACGACGACAAAGAGACCAUGUACGACAUCGGGGUUGAGAGAAAUCCUUCACCAGAGGACCCCAAAAAGCCGAAUUUCCCGGUAGUUGGUUCUGGAAGCGACUAUGCUCCGUUCUACCACGUUGUUGGAGUACCUGUAGCAGAUCUUUCGUACCAAAUGGGCUACGGAAAUAAAUCCGUGCCCUAUCCUGUCUAUCACUCUCAACAUGAUACCUUUUACUGGAUUACUAAAUUUAUAGAUCCUGAAUUCCUUGUGCACAAAGCCGUGGCUCAGUUUGGAGGGUCUGUGCUUCUGACCCUCGCAGACUCUCCACUGUUACCAUUAUCCGUGGAUUUCUUUUCCAAACGACUGAAUGAUUCCUUUGGCAGCCUCUUGAAAAAUGACGCAUUCACAAAACAAAAUAUAUCACUGAAGUACCUCGGAGAGGCUGUGGACGAGUUCGUUUUGACUGUUAGAAGGUUUACUGCGAUGGCUUCCGAAAUCAAGGAAAAAGAAGACAACCAGGCUGAUGAUUUGCUGCGUAGAUUGAAUGAUCAGAUGGUGCAGGUUGAAAAAGCCUUUAUUUAUUCUGAUGGCCUUCCUGGCAGGAAGCUUGUCAGACACGUCCUGUUUGCUCCAGAAUUACACAAUCUCUACGGGUCAUCGAGCUUUCCUGGAGUCAAUGAUGCAAUCUACGAUGCUAAGACCAAUGGAAAUUGGAUAGAAGUGGAAAAACAGAUCUCGAUAGCUUUGGAGUGUGUUUUGGCUGCUACAGAGGCUAUUCAGCCUUUACAAUAAAAACUGAUUUGUAUAAUUCAUUCCGAGGUUGAGGGAAAACUGGGUCGAGUUCGCAUUGCAGUGCAUUUUGGGGCUGUUUUAGGGGAACUUUUUAAAGAUGACGUCCAAUUCGUCCCCACAAUGCGCUGCAAUGCCAACUCGACCCAGUUUCCCCUCAACCUCGGAACGGCAAAUUUAGAAACCACAUUUUCCCCCCUGUUUGAAUUUAUCUCCGCCCUAAAUUCUGGCGAUCGUUUUCUCAAUUUAAGCGAAAGUUUUUUUAAAGUGAGCGUUUGUGUAUGAGGUUGUGAAUUCUCGAAAAAAAAUUAGAGGCCUCAAAAAUAUAUCCCAUGCCUUCGUAUGACUUGCGUGACUAUCAAAGUGUAUGUUUGUUCAUUUUGAUUGAACGAUACAUAUAUUGAUCUCACCACCUACAAUACAAACACAUCCCAAGGCUUGGCGUGACUAGCCUGACUAUCAAGGUGUCCUGAAUGUGAAUUUCGAUUAAAUGGCAAGGAAUUACACAGCUGUUCUUGGAGUCACGUUACUACUUCUUCAUACAACAUCCAAGAUGAUUGCCAAUGCUGUAUCUUUCUUUCUACUUUUCUUUUUUCUCUUCUUAUUUGAUUAUUUUUCUUCCUACUUUAGAGAGUACUUUAAUACCUACCUUUAGGACUUCAAUUAAGGCUGUACUCGUAUUAAAAAAAGGAAAAAUAAAAAACAUCAAAGAUA